UUCGGCUGGCCGGGGAGGGGCGUUAAGAGCAGCACUGGGUGCUCUGGACGGGGGCUCGAAGCAGGGAAGGCGCACUUUUGCCCCCGGCGGCGUGGCAGCUCCCUCAGCGGGGGCUGUUUUCCAGGCGCGAGUGCAGAAGAGCUGGGGCUGGAGGCUGCCGGAAGGGUGGUGAUUGCACCGAGGGUUUUGGCAAGAAGAUGCUCUGGCUGCCGGGGGUGCUGCGCGAGUUCCUAGGAGCCAGUCCCAGGGAGAAAGUGAACUGGGGCCACUGACGAGCUCGGCGGGCCCGGCGGACGCUCUGAGCGAGGGGACUCGGCGUGGCGUUUGGCUCUCCCGGGAGGAAGAUCUGCCUGCACUGCAAGUGUCCCCAGGAGGAGCACAUGGUGACAGUGAUGCCGCUCGAGAUGGAGAAGACGGUCAGCAAGCUCAUGUUUGACUUCCAGAGGAACUCCACCUCCGACGAUGACUCCGGCUGCGCCCUGGAAGAGUAUGCCUGGGUCCCGCCGGGACUGAAGCCUGAGCAGGUUCACCAGUACUACAGCUGUCUCCCAGAAGAGAAGGUCCCCUACGUGAACAGUGCCGGGGAGAAACUGAGAAUCAAGCAGCUGCUGCACCAGCUGCCCCCCCACGACAAUGAGGUUCGCUAUUGCAACUCUCUGGAUGAGGAAGAGAAGAGGGAGCUGAAGCUGUUCAGUAACCAGAGGAAACGGGAAAACUUGGGCCGAGGCAAUGUCAGGCCCUUCCCAGUCACGAUGACAGGAGCUAUUUGUGAACAGUGCGGAGGCCAGAUUAACGGAGGGGACAUCGCCGUGUUUGCGUCGCGCGCAGGCCACGGGGUUUGCUGGCACCCACCAUGCUUCAUCUGCACCGUCUGCAACGAGCUCCUGGUGGACCUGAUCUACUUCUACCAGGAUGGGAAGAUCUACUGCGGGCGGCACCACGCCGAGUGCCUGAAGCCGCGCUGCGCCGCCUGCGACGAGAUCAUCUUUGCAGAUGAAUGCACUGAAGCCGAGGGACGGCACUGGCACAUGAAACACUUCUGCUGCUUUGAGUGUGAGACGGUGCUGGGCGGCCAGCGCUACAUCAUGAAGGAGGGCCGGCCCUACUGCUGCCACUGCUUCGAGUCCCUAUAUGCCGAAUAUUGUGACACCUGUGCCCAACACAUAGGGAUCGACCAAGGUCAGAUGACCUACGACGGCCAGCACUGGCAUGCCACCGAGACCUGCUUCUGCUGUGCUCACUGCAAGAAGUCCCUCCUGGGCCGGCCCUUCCUCCCCAAGCAGGGCCAGAUCUUCUGCUCCAGGGCCUGCAGUGCUGGCGAGGACCCUAAUGGCUCCGACUCAUCGGAUUCCGCCUUCCAGAACGCCAGGGCCAAGGAGUCCCGGCGCAGCGCCAAAAUCGGCAAGAACAAGGGCAAGAGCGAGGAGCCGGUACUGCCCCAGCACAGCCAGCUGCAGGUGAGCCCCAACCUGCUGUCGGCCGACGUGGACCCCCUGUCCAUGCAGAUGGACCUGCUCAGCCUGUCCAGUCAGACGCCCAGUCUCAACCGGGACCCCAUUUGGAGGAGCCGGGAGGAGCCCUAUCAUUAUGGGAACAAGAUGGAGCAGAACCAGGCCCAGAGUCCUUUGCAGCUUCUCAGCCAGUGCAACAUCAGAACGUCCUACAGCCCCGGAGGCCAAGGGGCCGGGGCCCAGCCUGACAUGUGGGGCAAGCAUUUCAGCAACCCGAAAAGGAGCUCGUCGCUGGCUAUGAAGGGACACGGGGGCAGCUUCAUCAAGGAAUGCCGCGAGGACUACUACCCAGGCCGGCUGAGAUCCCAGGAGAGUUACAGCGACAUGUCCAACCAGAGCUUCAGUGAAACCCGAGGCAGCAUCCAAGUCCCCAAGUACGAGGAGGAGGAAGAGGAAGAGGGCCUGUCCACCCAGCAGUGUCGGACCCGCCACCCCAUCAGUUCCUUGAAAUACACUGAGGACAUGAUGCCCACCGAGCAGACCCCCCGGGGCUCCAUGGAAUCCCUGGCCCUGUCUAAUGCAACAGGCCUCUCCGCUGAUGGCGGUGCCAAGCGCCAGGAGCACCUGUCCCGGUUUUCCAUGCCCGACCUCAGCAAAGACUCAGGAAUGAAUGUGUCGGAGAAGCUGAGCAACAUGGGCACGCUGAACUCCUCCAUGCAGUUCCGGAGCGCCGAGUCGGUCCGCAGCCUGCUCUCGGCCCAGCAGUACCAGGAGAUGGAGGGGAACCUGCACCAGCUGGGCAACCCCAUCGGGUACCGAGACCUGCCAGCCCACGGGCGGAUGCAUCAGAGCUUUGACUUCGACGGCGGCAUGGCGGGCAGCAAGCUGCCCGGGCCGGACGGGGUGAGGAUCCAGCCCCUGAGCGAACGCACCCGGAGAAGAGCCACUUCGCGCGGCGAUGACCACCGCCGCUGCCGGCCCCACCGCUCGCGGCGCUCGCGGCGCUCGCGCUCCGACAACGCCCUCCACCUGGCCGGCGAGCGCGAGGCCCUGGGCCGCUUCAGAGAAAGGCCGCCCCUGAGAGCCCGGGAGGACUACGACCACUUCCUGCGCCAGCGGAGCUUCCAGGAGAGCCUGGGCCCCGGCUCCCGGCGGGACCUGUACGGCCAGUGCCCGAGGACUGUGUCGGACCUGGCGCUGCAGAACGCCUUCGGAGAGCGCUGGGGCCCCUACCUCGCCGAGUACGAUUGGUGCUCCACCUGCUCCUCCUCCUCUGAGUCCGACAACGAGGGCUACUUCCUGGGCGAGCCCAUCCCCCAGCCCGCCCGCCUGCGAUACGUCACCAGCGACGAGCUGCUGCACAAGUACAGCUCCUACGGCCUCCCCAAGUCCUCCACGCUGGGGGCCAGAGGACAGAUGCACGGCAGGAAAAGACAAAAGAGCAAAAACUGCAUCAUUUCGUAAUCUGCCCCGAGGGGUGGGGGCUGGGGGCUGAUGGAAGCGGAAGAAUGUAAAAUCAGGAACUUGCCCUGCUUUAAAUUUUGGAAGUGCUUUGGGAGGGGUUGAUGGGAGGAGGGGGAGGAGGAGGAAUACCCUCCGUGGGUGGAGGCAAGAUUACAGGUGGACCCCAAAGGAAGCCACAGUCGCUAGGCAUGUUGAAUAUUAUUUGCACAUUUCACUUUGGAAACACUUUAGGCAAUCUCAAGGCCAGGGGUGGUCACCUCCUCCCCCACCAGGCCCAUGGGGAGCUGCCGCGCUCGCAAGAUGGCCAAAACUGUUUUCUGCUAGCUUGUACUCUUCGCUGGUUCGCUCACUCUUAGGAAUCCCCGCCCCUCUUUUAUUUUUUAUUUUUUUUCCAGUAAGUAAUUUGUUUUAUUAGCCAGGACCCAAGACUAAGUUAUUUACAUGUCCAUUGUAAAUGCAAUGUAAAUGAGAGUUCUGAUAAAAAUAUUUUUGUAUUUUGUAAUAUCAAAGGAAUUUCUAUAUCAUAGGACUCAGUGGGGACUUGCAUGCACAUUCCGCAUUGUCUGUGAGUGGUAGUCUUCAAAGGUGGGCCAGGGCCACCUCUAUUUUUAAUUUAAUUUUAUUUUUUCUAUAUAAAUUUGUUACAUGUCCGUGAGGCCUUUUUCAAAGGAACACUUUCAAUUUGGCUUUUUUUUUUUUUUUUUUUUUGUGGCUGGAAAAAAAUUCUUUUUUUCUAAUUCUUAUACUAAAGUUUUUAUGCUUCAUUCCUGCAUAAGGAGCUAUCCUUAAGACUCCGCCCACCCUCAGUAGACUUUAUUCUCUACAAAGUGAUAGUCAUUUGUUUUGCCUUUUUCUUCUUUCCAUCCUUUGCAAGUGUACCUUUUGCCAAUUAGAGAAACUAACCCGUGUCAGUAAAGUCCCGUGAGAAACGCCAUCCCUGCUGGGAACAUUGAAGUUGCUUACUGUUGAUCUAUCCCUUGGGGACAAUUCAAGUGACUGUGAGUGGUGCCAUUGUGUGAUGUCAGCAUGACGUUAUUUUGAAUGUGGCAUUAUUUUCUGGUGCUCAUGUUUCCUGGAUUGUAUUAUCUGCUUUCCUUUACUGAGGCAGACUGACACUGCCUUUUAGCCUGGCAACCAAUUGUCCUCCAAGCAAAUGAACUCUUAAGCAUUUGGGCUUGAGGGCCAGGAAGGUUCUGUGGGCGGAGGGGGCUGGGGAGUCACGUGGGAUCUCCGUUGCAAGUCCAGGAUGCAGAGGAAGGAGCAAGGGGAUUUGAAAACAGAAAGUAGGUCAAGAGUCCAAGCCAAAGAGGACUAAGAAAGAAGGUCACGGACAAGAGAAACUUCUGGGAAGGGAGCUAGAGAAGUGAGGCUCCACACGGCCCCCCCAUGCCCACAGACAGAGCCCAGUGUCACACGCUCAGUAGGCUGAGUUUCUGGGUUUCCCACAGAAGGCGGAGCCCGGCUCGGGAGAUUUAACCGCAGCGACGUUGAAAGGCUGGCUUUGUUUGAGAGGGGAAUUUCCAUUUUGAACACUGAGGACUGUUGAUCAGACAGAGAAAUGGGCUCAAAAGUGAGUUUGCUUAAAGAAGACGUUUAACGGUUGUACUGUUUAUACUCAGAAAAACGUCCUACCUUGCUUCAGUUCACAGUGAAGCACUUGCUUUUCUCUUCCAGUUUCCUCGUCCCCUUAACGGCUUGUGGCAGGUGAAAGAACCCACCAGGACCCACCUUUAGUGAGAUAUACUGUCGAUGUAGUACCUACCCAGUGUGUCUCAGUGGCCAUCUGCCACAGUGAGGUGAGCGUGGUCUCUUUUCAGUAUAGUAGUUAACAUUUUCUAGUAUUUUCUUAUGGAGAGAACGUGAAAAGUGACUGUUCAGACACCAUUCCAAGUGGGUCUGGGGAAAGGAAGGCUGAAAAUGAUGUGGAAGUGGCACUCCAUUCAGGAUGUAUUAAAGUAAUUUGCUUUUCAGGUAUUAAUAGGACAUUUGUCAUUGUCACUGACUUUUCUUUAAGCAAUGCAAAUGUUGGUUGUGGCUGUUUUCCGCAUGCUAUCUUCAUAUCGAAGUGCUUUAUUAAUUAAUCUGAGCCUCUGGAGAAUUAACUAUUACGUUUGUAUAGUAAGUGUGUAAACUGCUUGGCAAAUUGAUUAAGAAAUAAAGUGUUAACACCGCACUUCUAAAGUGGCAGGUUUCUGGUAGAAAUUGAGUGAGCCCAAUUUGGAUUUUUGAGUUUUCUGAUUGAUAAGAAUAAAAAGAUAUUUUUAGAUAAAAGAGAAAAGGCAAGUCGAUCCCUUAGCAAACAGCUGAAAAUAAGUCUGUCCUCUCUGGCCCCAAAUCCAAUGACAGAAUUCUCCCAGUGAAAGCAACUCUCUACACCCUGCUCUUCAGGGUACCUCUGACCUUUCUCCAAGAGAACUCCAUCCCCCGUCAGCAAAGGGAAGAAGCUGGCCUAGAAACUGACACAUAGCCAGGCCCCGAAGGGCCUAGGAGGAAUUAGCCAUUUCUGAGCUGGCUGCCCAGGGAGCAUCCAGCGAACCAAAGGGGCUAGGGGCCAGAGCUUGAGAUUUCACGAGAGGCACGCCUCAAGGUCAAACUGACUGCAAACAGGAGCGUGCCAUCUGUGUCACCCGUGUAGAAGUCUCCCUACCUGCCCGCCACACCCUGGCCAGGCACCUCACUGGGAAUGCACAUGGAGGGAAGCUAGUGGAGCUCCUGCUUACCCGUUAUCAGCAAGUCGGCCCCUGCUCGUGGCCACUUCUCAUGUGUCUGAUGCGCCUAGGGUUUCAGACUCAUAUUGAUCCUACAGGGCAGAGCAGAACUGCCUCAUAGCGUUUCCCAGGCUGUAGAUCUUUACAGGAGACUGCCCAUCUUUCUCCCGCAGAGCGACCUGUAGAUUUCAGCUGCUCACCUUCUGGUCAGCAAUCAAGCACUCAGCCACUGCACCACCAGGAUGCUCUGGUAGAACAAACAAGCCACCCUAACCUAACCCCAUGGCUGUUAAGUCAACCUUAGUGAUGCUCCAGCCAGCCAGGAGCAGUUGAUCAGUCGCUGCGCAAAGGGGUUUCCUCUCAUCUGCCCAGCCUGGGCUCUCUCGCCGUUAACCAUAAAAGCAGUAGUACCCUGGGACCUUAGGGAGGGCCAUUCACAAAUAAUGGUGAGACCCUCCCUGCUCGAGAUGGUGGGUGCCAAUGGAAGGUGUUCUCUUUAGACCAGAUGAAGACCUAUCUCUUUGGCCUCCUUUUUUCAAUCCCAUGUUCCUUGCCAGUUAUAGGCAGCCUUCUGUACAUGCUUUUGCUGAGGUCAAAUAGCGGCUCAUGGUGCCUCAUCUAAUCCCACCUCUUAACCUAAAAUAACACAACUCGUUAGAUCCCAAGGAGAAGUGCGCUAUGUGUGCUUCUGCCUAACAGAAACCAGAUGUCAACCCCUAAGAAGGAAGCUCUGUCUCCUAUGGCAGGGGAAGGUGGACAUCUGAACCCGUUCUCGGAAUACUUCAUGCCAGAAGGGUUGCUCUGAGCAAUUGAUCGGCUCCUUCAGGGGCUUGAAAGGGACUUGAAUUUGGCUCAGUGGACACAAGUCCCUGUGCAGAGCUCCUCCGCCUUGCCUGCUCUGCCUGAUAUUUGAAGGCAGUGUCCCAUGGCUGCCUUCUGAAGUUCACUGUCAUGCAAGGGAAUCCCCGGAAGGCAAGGGAGCUUCACCUCCCAUGCCUUGCUCCUCUGGGUCUUUCUCACAACAGAGCUUGUUGGGCCAUUUGGUUGUAGUCAUCAAGGUCACGAUUAAGACAGGGUUGGAUUCCUUUCACAUUUUCUCAUCGUAGUAUCCCAGUCAACACAAGGCUCCCAUAAAACACGACUCACUGCUGGGAGCCACGUUAUUUAAUAAACUUACUUCCUGCUGACAAAACUAGCUCCCCCUGGGGGUGGGGGGGUGGGGGCAGAGAAAGGAGAAGGGAAGCCUUGUAGUAUUAGGAAGGUAUUUCUGUAAUUGAAAUACAGUGAAUCCGUUAAAAGGAAAAGAGGGAAACGUUUAAAAAGCAUUAUCCUGAAAACUUCCUGAGACAUCCCUGGGCCCCACUGGGCCUUUGGCCAUUUGACACGCAAUAGAUGGCUGACCAAGCUUUGCUGAAAUGUGUGGAGAGAGUGAGGGGUUGCCCAGGACAGACUGUCUGUUCUCAAGCCUCUACAGCUGAUGCCGUAUUUUUCUGCAAAGGGGUUUGCUUCUGGCAGGGACCCUGGCAUCAUCGAAUGGCCUGUGUGUCUUCCACUUUCCUCGGCACAGUAGAACAUGGGCUGUUUUUCUCUCUCCUCAACAUGUUCUUUCCUUCGCAGGACCGCUCUCCCCUUCUCCCGCUGUCAUUUUGAGUGUGUCCACAAGACCUCAAAGGGCUCGGGGAGGUGAACCAGGCCAGAGGCUGUGUUGUGUGUCAGCUGUCAAAGCUACCUGUUGGGAAGGUCUGCAGCAGGCCUUUGGUGUGGGCUCUGCCAGAGACUGUUGUGAACAUUUUGCUUGAGCUCUGUGCCCUGUAAAAUGGAUAUGAUGUUUUCCUGAUAUCUGUAAUACAUUUGUAAACUUCCAAUAAAAUUUGAAUAAAAGAAA